GCUACGCCUAGAGAAGCUGUCGUUCCCAUAGUGGUGUGGUCACUUCUCAACGUGUUGUUCGAAGUUUAAUUUCUCCUCGAGUUUUCCAUUUUUUUUUUCUCUUGCUCAAUUCUCUGUUCUAAGUAAUCAAAAUAUUCAUCUCGGUCGACGAAUCAAGAGCAUCUAGAGCAAAGUUUGAUUUGUGUGUUCUACUGACCCAGAAUAUCCGGAUCGGUCGAAAACGGUGAUGAUAACUGCCUAGCGCUUUUGAGGCGUGCAAUUCGCAUUCAGUGUGCACCCCUCUCGAGCCUCAGCGAGCACCCAACGUGUCCAAAUUCCCCCCUUUAUAUAGGACCCCGGCCCCAGCACAGUGGAGCGCAGCAAAACUGAAUAGAUUCUCAGUUGCAUUUCCAGUUGAGCCAAGACGUGCGAAUGGAGUAGGUCUAAGUACCACCGUGGAGGAGCAGGAAGGCAGUUUGUAAGCGUAACGCGUGCAUUAGGCUAUCUCCGGUGAGACUGGGGUGUGUUUAGAGAAACGUGGAAAUUGUUUGUGCCUUUCUAUUUCAAUAAUCAAAAAGAGAUAAUGCAACACGGUUAGCCCAAAUUGAGCUGAGUGAAUUGUGCGUCUUUUUGAAGAAACAAAAAAAAACAAAAACACACACUUGAAGAACGAUGAAAAAAGUUACCGACAUCAGUGCGUUCCCCGAAGGGGUCGUCGAGGAGGAUUCCUCCCAGGAGCAGCUGGACAGCGUAGAGAACGUGCUGAAGCUGGCGGAAAAUGAUACCGAGCUGACCGUGGACAGUAUCGAGUGUUUGCCCGGAAGUCAGCAGGGCGACAACUACAUGUCGAUCAUCAAGCGGGUUUUGGUGCGCGGGAAACGGCGAGCGAGGAACAGGAAAAACAAAGAAUUCUUUAUAUCUCUAAUCUUCAAGCGGCAGAUAGUGAGCCUUCAGCGGCGGAAGCUAUUCCGAGCGGACGAAGCUUUCACAAACGAAAUCAACGCUUACGCACAGCUUAUACCGGAGUUGAGGAGGUUUUCCCGCGGUAGGCUACCAUUCCCAGCAUGCAUCUACGCCGGUAAGGAUACCGAGGGGGAGUUGAUCGUACUGGAGGAUCUCCGCUGCAUCGGAUUUCGGAUGGUUGAUCGUAGGAAGAGCUUGAGCUAUCAACAGUGUCGGACGGUUAUGAAGGAACUGGCGAAUUUUCAUGCAGUGUCACUUGCGAUGAAGCAAGUUCAGCCGGUUUUGUUCCAUACCAUGAGGGAAAAGGUAACGGAGAUCGUCUACAACAAUGAGGCAGCAGAAUUCUACACACAUUCGCUGGAGACGUCACUGCGGGGCACACUGGACAGUUUGAACUAUAGUAAUAAGAACGGUAGUCUGGAUGUUCCGAUCAAAGCUAUCGAGUGUCUGAGCGGCCGACUGUAUAAAAUCAUGUCCGCAACAGUGCGAAACUGCUACGAACCCUGGAGUGUUCUUUGCCAUGGUGAUACAUGGGUUAACAAUCUGAUGUUCAAUGAAAACAACGACGAGGUUAAAUUAAUAGAUUUGCAGACGAUGCGCUACACCUCACCGGUAAUAGACAUCAUUCAUUUACUCUACACGAGCACCGGUCUGGAGCUGCGAUCGAAUCAUACCGACGAGCUGAUUCGGAAUUAUCAGCAGUAUUUGAUCGCCGCCUUGCAUAUCUACGUACCUGCCCACAAGCGAUUUGUACUGCCCACACUGGAAGCCAUCUUCACCUACGAAAACAUCCGGGCCGAAUUCGAUGCCCGCGUUAUAUACGGUUUGGGUAUUGCCAUGUGGUUACUACCAGCGGUAACCUUCCACCCGGAUCACAUUCCAGACCUGGAUUCGGUCACAAUGAAUGACUUCAAAACUAAAAACCACGAACGGACCAUUGCGCAGAUGCUAUCGGCCGAUUAUCACUGCCGAAUGCGGGACACGGUACUAGAAUUCUAUGAAAAGGGCUACCUGGCUAGCCAAAGCUAAAAAAAAUCAAACAAAUCUGAACCGUUCGUACCGCAUCAGAUUUUGUAGAAGUACCUGGUACUCCAACCCAUUAACUCUUAAAUCCGCUAUAAAAGGAAACCAUCAUUGAAAGAUAGAACUGCGCCGGAAUUCAUAACAAAAUAAUAAUACAAUGCCAUUUCAAGUUGUACAGUAGUAUUACCCAUAGUAUACAUUAACUUUUUACAGAUUGCCAUUCCAAAGCUUUGAUAAAGUAGUAAACUUGACGGGAUUAUGUAAUAUUAUAACUCGAGCAAGUGAUAAUACACUAUAGCAAUUAGCUAGUCAAAUAGCGAUAAGUACCACAAUAACAGCAACCAAGCAGAUAUUAAAAGUUUACCAAUGCGAAUCAGUACUAAAUUUAAACAGUUAUAAUAGAGCUUUCUUUGCCAACUUAAAUGCAUCACCCAUCUACCACCACACAACCAUUUGCCAAACGCCACUACUAAGUAGACAGCCGCCAAAUACAAGCUUAAAUCAAACGGGGAAAAACGAAUAACAAUUCGAAGCCUUACUUAAUCGAAACAACAGCAACAGUGUGGAGCGGAAAAGCCGAGUCGACUCGCAGUUCGUUCGAAAGGUAAUGAAUACAAACAAAUGGUGCGUCUUUUGCCUUACUGUCUUCAACAAUACUACCUUACGUGUUUUAACAGUAGCAAUAGUAGCAAUAGUAUAGGGGCGUAAGCCGUGAAUCAGGGAUGCAAUAUUUGCAUUGUUCAGGUAGAGGAAAAAUUUUGUAGUUCUCGUUGGUGUAAAUGUUGCAAGUUAGAGAAAUAAA